AUGUCACAACCCAAGAAAUGGACCGAUGUGUCAAUAGAGUUGAUCAAGGAUCCAGACAGUUUUGAACUAUGGCAACAACUAAUCAUAUCAGCAGAGCACAAUGACAAGAAUGGUAUAUCAAAAUCAACACCACCACCACAAUUGCAAACACUACGAACAUCGUAUGACAGGUUUUUAACAAAGUAUCCAUACAUGUAUAAAUAUUGGAUACGAUAUGCUGAAUGGGAAUUCAAAUUGACUGAUGUAUCCACUGCUAUCAAGCUCUAUGAGGAUGCGUUCCAACACUUGAAUUAUUGUAUUGAAUUGUGGGUCAAUUAUUUACAAUUUCGUAUCAACACAAUCACUGAUAAUGUUGAGCAAGUAUUGGGAUUAUUUGAAAAAGCAAGAGGGUUGAUUGGAAACCAUUUUUAUGCGUAUGAAUUCUAUACGCUAUAUUUAUCAUUUCUUGAAAGUUAUGCCACUGAAGAAAACCAAUACAGAAGGAAGUAUUUUACAUUGAUGAGAAUUGUACUUGACGUGCCAUUAUAUCAUUAUGAAUAUUUCUACAAGAAAUAUUUCGAAUUGAUUGCUCGUGUUGGUGGCGGCGGUGACGCGAAACUUCACUCCGACUUACAAUAUAUAGUACCGGCAAGUGAAUUGCAACGGCAGUCCAAGAAUCUACAACAACAAUUGAAAAAGACAUUCACUGAUUCAUACAUCACCAUCCAAUACAAAGUUUAUGAGUUGUACCAUUUUGAAAAACGGUUUAAGCGACAUUAUAAUGAUGUCAAGUACAUAUCUCGACAACAAUUGGAUGCAUGGUUGCAAUAUUUUGAUUUUUUGGAAUUGAAGAAAUAUCCUCAACUGUAUAUCGAAUUGGAUUAUUGGAGAUAUUUAUACAUUGCAGCAAACUACCCUGAAUCAUGGAUCAAAUUUGCUGACUAUUUCGUGUUUCAUGGCAAAUACAACCUGGCACGACAGUUGUUGAUUCGCGGUUGGAAGUAUCUUGGUCAUUAUCAAGUAUUGAUUAAAUUGAUUGAUUUGGAGAUUUUCUUGAAACAGUUUGUACGAGCCAAGGAAUUGCUUAUCACUUAUUUAAAGUAUACUGUUUCUAUUCCAAUACCAAUUUAUGAGAAGUUGAUUUGCAUUGAACGAAUUUUUAACGACAAUGAUGAUCAUAUACUAAACUUGUUUAAGUUGAUUAUCGAGGAUACUCAAAUUGACUGGUUUUUCAAUGUAUUGACAUACUAUGCUAUCGAUAAACAGAAGAAGUUGGCAUUUCUUGAAGAAAUGAGUGAUUUCAAGGGACAAAAAUACUAUGACAACAUAUGGAAGUUGGUAUCAGAGGAAAUCAAUGGGGAUGGAGAGGUACAACAGCCUACUCCCAACUUCAGUAAGGAGUACGAAAGACUACUACAAUCCAUACAGUAA